GUGCGUGUUAGGCAAGCAGUGAGGUUUAUCAAACAAUCUCCUGCAAGGUUGUUAAAGUUUAAAGUUUAAAAAGUCAAUCGCGUGCGUGGCCUCCCUUCUCAGUUCUCCUUUCUUAGACUCACCAUUAACCUUCUCCCUUCUCCAAAAAAAUGUUAUAGAUAAGAUAAAUUAUUAGAAAAAAGAACGAAAUAAGACGAAAAUCAACUUAUUUCUAAAAAUAAGCGUCUAAUUUCCAAACCUGAGGUUUGGUUCUGUUCGCAGUUAGUAACUACGAACAGAUGCUUAAUUUUUUAAAAAGGCAAAGAAGCUGUUCGAAUGGGCUUAUUAGUGACUGCGAACAGGGUAAAAAUGUCAACAGCAACAGCUUCUUUGCCUUUUUAAAAAAUUAAGCACCUAUUCGCAGUUACUAACUAUGAACAGAACAAACCUCAGAUUUGGAAAUUGGACGCUUAUUUUUUUAAAACAAGUUGAUUUGCCUCUUAUUACGUUCUUUUUUUUUUAAUAAAUUAGCAUAUCUAUUUCAAUAAUUUUCUCUUCUCAAACCCACGAACAAAAUCCCUGAGACCCAGUUACCCACCCACGACCGGAGGAGUGACGACCGACUCCACCCACCCUUCGCCGGCAUCUCUUGCCACACGCCAGACGCCACCCUUCACUGCUGUUCGUUGUUCUCUGAAAUUUCUAUAACCCAGUUCAUUGUUCGCACUUCACAAGGCCACUGCCCACUGUUUCUGCUACCGUGAACCAAUAAGCGUGAGGUCAAGGCCAUUAGGCCCACCGACUCUGACGGUCACCGUGAACUGUAAACACCACCAGACCAAUCCACCUUCAAUUCAAUUUCAGUUACAAAAUGGAUGAGAUUGUUAAGGAAGUCAAGGAAGUCGAGAAACAGUGGGAUGAAACAAGUUUUCAGUGUCAAGGAUAUAUAAAGGCAAUAGAAGAGUAUGGAAAAUCACGAGAUAUGAGUGGAGAGAAAAACUCUCUUCCAAGAUUGAAUGGUUUGGCACAGGAUGGGUUGGUUGUGCUUAAUUCGUUGCAGCUUAAGCUUGAUACAUUGGCUCCGCAACUUCCAACAUAUGAUGAGGCUCAGAGUGCACAGGCUCUUGUUGAAAACUGGAAGCAUCAAUGUCAAAGCUUGCGCGCUGCUUUGAGGAAUGCUAAUCUGCAAGCAAAGAUAAACAUCAGGAAAACUGCUCAGAAAGAGAGAGAACUUCUCCUAGGAGGUGGCAGUGAGUCCACUAUGCGGAGACGCAAUUUACAGACAAAAGCUGGGAUGACAUCUGCUGCAGAAAGCAUCACUGAGAGCCUUCGUCGCACUCGUCAAUUGAUGGCUCAGGAGUUGGAAAGAAGUGCUAGUACAUUAAUGACUUUUGAGGGUUCAACAGAAACACUGAAAAAAGCAGAUAGUGAAUACAAAGGGCAUCGAUCACUAUUAAUGCGAACACGGAACUUGCUUUCCACAAUGCAGCGUCAGGACGUUAUUGACCGCAUCAUCAUUGUUGUUGGGUUUUUCUUAUUCUUUCUAGCUGUUGCAUACGUUGUUUCAAAGCGCAUUAGAAUAUUGAAGCUGCAGCGAUUAGUUAUUGCAUCUAUUAAAUCGGGUGUGGUUAGAAGAGCUGGUGUUAGGCAACAACCAGCUGCUAACGGACUUGAUGUAUUGCAACAUGACAUUGUACCUCCUACAAUUGGGGCGAACCCUGCGGAGCAUGUCUUGCAUGAAGAACUUUGAAAGGCUUUUUAAGUUAUCUCUCCAUAUUUUGUAGUAUUUUGAAGUAUAUUUUGUAGAGUACCACCAUUCUGUCGAAAAUCGAAACAUUUUUCCCCUCUCAAUUUCAUGUCUUUGUUGCUUCUGAUUAACUGAUGGGAGCCCAUCAGAGGACUAUGUUGUAGGCUUGUUAGGUAGUUUAUCAAACAAACUGUAAUUAAAAUCCAAACGCUACACAUUUUCUUUGAAGGCUUGAAACAAGCUGGUUCGAAGGAUGAAGAAAAGUUAUAUGCAUUGAUGCAUGCUUCUGGAAAA